AUGCUCGCCUCAUCUCCCUCUUCGUCUGCUGUGACCAUCCCAACGCCGGGCAAGUCGAUCCUCAAGCGCCCCCCGCCUCCACAGCAGUCAUUUUUCUCCCUUGCGAGACUAUCCAAGCUCCUGCCGACACAGAGCCAGCAAGCUGCAAAUCAGGAUGAGAAUGCGACGCUCAAGAGAGCGCACUUUAUCCUCCCGGAGAUGACUAUGGUCUAUCCAAUCUCUGCGGCAAAUCCACCGUCAACUCCCACUUUGAAGGAAGAGAAGCGGUCCAUUGAGGAGCGCGAAGUAGAACGCAGGCGGCGUGUUGUGCGGGGCAAUUCAAUUAAUCAUGAUUCUAACACGUCGGAUACAUGGUGGAGCAUGGACAAAGUCGAGUCUUUCUACAGGGAAUGUUGCGAAGGGCGGGAGGAGGUUCCUGACCCAGGUAUUUCUACCGCUUUCAAGCGCGCUGCCGGAACAAACCCACGCACGGUGGACUUCUCAGGAGUGCAGCUGACGGUGGGGUCGGCGUCAGUGCUGUCCGACGUGUUCACCAUUGAGUGGGGGCUGCGGAAACUGGUCUUCAAGGAAUGUGACCUAGACGACCAGACCCUCAAACCCAUGUUACAUGCCCUACUGAUCCCAGACAGCCUAACGUUCCUGUCUGUUGCGUCAAAUCGGCGUUUGAAGGCACCAGCAUUCCGGUUGAUCGGUGCGUACCUUGCGAAGACCAAGAGCCUGCAGUUCUUGGACCUUUCGCAGAACUCACUCGACAAGCGGUCAAUCGAGUAUAUUGCGGCAGCACUUGCCGAAGUACCCAAGCUGGGCCUGGUAUCGCUAAGGCUGGAUGAUUGCACCCUGAAGCCGAUUGCUUUAGAUGCACUAGCCAACACCGUACGGAAAGCCUCCCUGCGCAACAUAUCCCUCCGUCUGAACCGCAUCAAUGCGACCGGCGCAGUCGCGAUCGCACUUAUGAUCAGAGACUAUCCAGACCGUUAUCCAUCGACAGGCGGCAGCUCCACUCCAACGUCGCCCAUCGCGACGAGCCCAACCCUUACUUCGCUGCUAUCUCCACCUUCAACUCCUUCCUUAUCGACGAUCUCGCUCAGCAGCGAUGGCACCGCGACACCACCACCUCCUCCGCCAGCGCGCACAGGGCCUCUCCCUCCACCUCCACGGCACCCCUCCACGAUCCCUCAGAUUACCUACACGCCCUAUGUGCCCCGUGCGCGGCGAGCUGCCACGGGUACGGCGACGGCGACAGCAGCGGCGGUGAAUCCGCUCUCCCUGACCGGCCAGCCGGUACCCAUCAUCACGUCGUCGGCGCAGGGCGGAGUGACCACGCGACAUUCGGUUCCUCCGCCUGUGCACCCGUCGGUGUCGGGGCACAAUCAUAACGGGUCACAGAGAUAUGACAAGGGCCCGAGCGCUGCGUUGCUGGACAAGGUGCGCGCGUUAGACAAUCUGCCUAGAUUGGGGGCGUUGCGGACGCUGGAUCUGCGCGGGAACGAUAUCCGGACGGGCAUUACGUAUAUUGCACAGGUGUUGAAGCGAAAUCGAACGUUGAAGGUCCUGAACUUGAGCGAGAACAAGCUUGAUGUACAGGGACUGAUUCUAGUGGCUGAGGCUCUGAAAUACAACUCCUGCCUGGAGACGUUAGACCUCAGCAAGAACCCGUGUUGUGGUCCUGGCCUUGAAGGGAUACAAUCUCUGCGGACAGCGUUCACCCUCAAUGAUGCACUGAAACGAUUAUUCCUUUCCUCAACCGGGAUGACGCCAGCCGGAGCCAUCGCACUUGCCGAGUUCCUACCAGAAUCGACAUCAUUGUUACACCUAGAUCUUACCAUGAACAAUCUAGACCUUGCAGGCGUGAUGGCUCUGAAUUCGGGCCUGAAGGCGAAUCAUACAAUGCGAUGUCUAGAUCUCAACAUUCCUCCAGGUGAUGAAGAGAUGGCUCGCUUAUGUCGAGACAUUCUUUACUCCUGCGUGCGCAAUACGGAGGAGGCGGAGAAGAAAUCGCAGGCUACGAGCCCCGACGGCGCGAGCGGGCGGGGCCAGGGCAAGGGCGUCUGGGGCAUGAUCGAGGAGAGCGAGCUGGCCAAGUCCCUUCGGCAGGACGACAAGAAAAAGGUUGAUGACCCUGUUGACCACUCGCCUGUGCGUUCUGAGGCCUCGGCUGACUGCAUCCCUUCCGCGGCACGACAGGCCGAGUCGAACAUCCUCGCACAGGCACGCGGAUGCAAGGAACAGCUCGAAGACCUGCUCGCGCGCUCGCCAUCAUCUUCAUCAGCGCCUGCGACGCCCGUGCAAGAGGUGGUUGCGGAUCUGACCGCGAGCGUGAAGGAGGUGCAGAAAUCGCUGAUGAGCAUCAUCGACACGACGACAGAGCCUGCACGACUACAGGAGCUCCUGAGUUUGAACGACGAGCUGACAACCCUGCUGGCGCGAUGUGCGCCGCGGAGGCAAAGCCUCGUGCUACACGCGCUUGGCAUCCAUGUGGAGACGGGCAAAGCGAACGGAUCUGCAUCGCCUACUAAUGGGCACGCGCGACAUGGAGAGGCGGACGGUCGUGCUGAGGACACGAGCGACGAGGAGCCGAUCACACCUCGUGUAGAUAAGGGUAAAGGCAGAGCCGAACCGGAGCCAGAGGAGCCAGAGAAGGUCCUCAGCCCGACCUUCCUCAUCGACUCCGAUGACGAGGAUGGGGACGGGCAACACUUGUUAGUAACGCAACCAGAUGAUCUAGUGUCACCGACGGACUUGUCGCGAAGCUGGGUUGAAGAAGAGGGUGAAGUCUUCCGUAAGGGUGCGGUAUUGCUUGGACCGGAAGAGAUGGAGGGCGACUAUGAUGGUGAAGAACUCCGACGUGAGCUAUUGGAUGCUAUGGUGGAGCGUCCACCGCCAAGAGCAGUGCUGGAUGACUUUGGUGCUGAUCUGGGACCGGAGCCCCAACCAUCGCCUCCGACAUCCCCACAGGAGAAGAAGCCUCCUCGUCCCUAUGUUCGUCGCUCGCGGUCGUCGUCUUCUGUCAUCCCUACAGGCGACAACGCCGUCGACGCUGCCAACGGAGAGAAGCCGACAGAUAGCAGCCCAAAGACCGCCGCCGAGGUCUCAAGCCCGACUCAACCGUCUACACCUACUGUCCAGAUCAAGGCUUUCCUCAGUCGGAGGUUGUCUUCUGCGUCUUCAAAUUCCAAGGAAUCUGACUAAGCCCCGCAAUUUGGUGUUUUUACCUCAUGAUAUUGCAAGACCUCGUGAUGGCGCUUGCUAUCUUGCUUUGUCGUGCUUUCAAUUACCCUCGCAUACCUAUGCUACGCCCAACUGGAUAUCCCUCAUCUCCCAUCACUUAUUCCCUUCUCGUUGUGUUGAAUUUUAGCUCAGACAUACCUUGAGACAGCUGUUGCUUUAUUGCCCGUCUUGGGAAUGAACGUUACGGUACUACACGCUAGACUACCUUUCUUAUGAUCGUAUCCCCAGGCUUGGGUGCAAUUGGCUAUGGCUAUACCAUUGGUACAUACCUUCUAAUUUCUACGUAACAUAGGGCUGUGGCUU